AUUCUCAAUAAUCACAAGUAUUCUUUCAGCUCACACACUGGAGCCUCAGAUGGAGGGUUUUCGAGGCUGUCAGUCACCAGUAUCACCGUCUUCACUAACGACCUCAACCCUCAUCAGUCAGAUCGUUAGUGGGUUAUUUGUUUAAAAAAGCAUCAUGUAAAAAGUGGCUCAACAGGAAUAUAAAAAUGCAUUUCAAACUGAACAGAGUUGUGCUACCCACUUAUAAUAUUAUAAUAGCCACUUAGUUUUAAGUGUCAAAAUGUAAAUUAAGAAUGUUCAUAUGUAUGUAAUUUUGUUAAAUAAGGUUCAUUUUCAUAUUGACUGAUACUGACGGACACAGAUGUCAGUAUGAAAAUUGGAAAGAGGGAAGUGGAAAGAGAUGGACAAAUACACAAAUAUAGAGGAAGUAAAACAUGAAAUGGUUUUUUUUUUAGAGUAGUAAACAAAUGAUGUGACGCUGAUUCAUGAAAGCAGAUAUAAUAAUCACACAGUUUAAAGCUUGAGACAGAAACAUCAGACUCAGGACAGAGACACACAACCUCUAAAAAAUGGACCAAACUCUGUAUUUCAUUCUUCUUCUCAUUGCUCUCUGCUCCGUAUCUGAAUGUGUUCAGCGUCAGUAUCACUUUAUAAAUGAGGAGAAGACCUGGACUGAAGCUCAGAGAUACUGCAGAGAGAAAUACACAGAUCUGGCCACCGCUGACAACAUGAACGACAUGAACGAGCUGAAGAAGAGUGUGAAUGGUGGAAGUGUUCAAGAUGUCUGGAUUGGGCUGCAGAGGACGGGUCGAGAUAAAUGGCAGUGGUCUUCAGGUGAACCUGCGCUCUAUCUGAACUGGGCUCCUGGACAACCAGAAGGCAGUUUUUGUGGUAUGAUGAAAAAUGGAAAGUUUGAGGAUUUGCCAUGUAGUAAUGUCCGACAUUUCAUCUGCAACAACACAAACACAGGACUUGUCUUUAUCAAUCAGACGAAGAGUUGGAGUGACGCUCAGAGUUACUGCAGACAGAAUCACAUUGAUCUGGUCAGUGUGAGAAACCAGGAUGAGAAUCAACAGGUUGAGCAGUUCAUUAGUGAUAAUCAUUUAUCUGAAUCACAUGUCUGGAUCGGUCUGUUCAGAGACUCAUGGCAGUGGUCAGAUCAGAGUGACUCCUCAUUCAGAGACUGGGACACUAAUCAACCUGAUAAUUGGGGAGGUAAUGAAAACUGUACAGUUGUUAAUGCUCAGGGAAAAUGGAACGACAUCUCUUGCACCAAUCAAUUUCCUUUUGUGUGUCAUGAAGAUAAACUGAUUGUGAUCAGAGAGAAUCUGACGUGGUCUGAAGCUCUGAGAUACUGCAGACAGAAUCAUGUGGAUCUGGUCUCGGUUCAUUCAGAAGAGAUGCAGCGUCGUGUGAUGAACGUGGUUAAACGAGCGUCUACUGCGGAGGUGUGGCUGGGUUUACACAACUACUGCAUCAUGAACAUGUGGCUCUGGGUGAGUGGAGAGACUGUGUGCUAUCAGAACUGGGCUCCAGGGAACGGAACGAAACCGGAAAACUGCAGACUUGAGAAGAGAAAAGGAGCAGUUCAGUCUGGAGGAGAUCAGCGCUGGAUCAGCCUUCCUGAAACUCACAAACUCAACUUCAUCUGCAGCAGAUAUUAAGAGCGAAGAAUCUUUUCUCUCUCUCUUUCUCUGAUUUUAUUUUAUGGUUUGUUCAGAAUAAAUCUGCUUAUUGUGCUUUAAAAGUUGCCAGAAGUCUGUUUUUAAUUUCUGUAUUUUAAUUAUGGAAUAAUGUGCUCUUAACAGCAAUGUUUAAUAUGCUUUAGAUGUCUAAAACACUAACAUAUUAUAUGUGUGGUCUCUUUUUUGUUUUGCACUAUUCAUUCAUUAGAAAUGACUGGUUGGAUGUUGUUCUGUGAGCAGCAGCUCUUCAGAGAAAUGUUCUUUGUUUCUCAGCAGAAUUAAAUCUGGUUAUUCAUAGAAAAGCAGAAAUGAAGGUUGGGUAUAAAAUCUUGUGUUUGAUCUAAACAGGAAAGAUGAAAACCAUGAGAUAAACACAGAACAUCAGCUCAAAUAAACUUAUGCAGCAAAUAUGUUUGUCUUCUGACUCUUGACUGAUUUUCCUCUGAUGUCACAGUGAAAUUGUAAAUUACGCGACCAGUCAAACAUUUUUGAACAGUAAGAUUUUUUUAUGUGUUUUAAAAAAGUCUCUUCUGCUCACCAAGUCUGCAUUUAUUUCAU